GUCACUUGAUCAAUGGCGGCAACAUUGAAAGUACACAAUUACUCGUGUAAUAAAUUAUCAGUUCAUUUGAUCUUAAUGAUUUUGCAAAAAAAUAUGAAGACUCAUUGUUCAUCAUAUUUUUAACCUCAUCUGAUACUGAAAAAGCUUUAGGCUUGUGAUAACCUUCCAUCAGUAUACAGGAUGAGCUCACAGAGUACUUCGUCGAAACAUGAUGAACUUCGUGAACACAUUUUUGAUUACUCCAAUUACUUUUCUACAGAAGAUGAGAACUCUAACUGGAAGCGUUCAACUAGUGAUGCGAGCUUUUUUCUUGACGGAAAGCUUCCCAUCGACGAGUGUGACACAUCGGGAAAUGUUUCAGAACAAGCACGAGUGUAUUGGAACUUACCAGAAGCCGUGGAAGCCUCUGUAACACCUAGCUGUGGAUUAGACAGAUCACAACGCAGCUAUGAAGUGCGAAAAUUAGAAAAGGUUUCAACUGGAUCUGGUAACUUAAAUGAUAGUGUUUUAAACUAUGUGACGUACAUUCCGAAACCUCUUUGGCUUUUUAGUGUUUUACGACCUACUUAAGUACUGCUUUUUAUUAGUUUUUUCGUUUUCUUCGCAAACGAACAUGAAAUAAUAUUCCGUGUAUACAAAACAAAUUCCAAUACAUCACAACAGACACUUUUUGACUUUGAUAGAAUAAAUUAACUGAAAGAGUUGUAUGAUUGUCUUGGUUUACAAAGUUCAAAGUUCAAAUAAUACUGAUCUUAGCUAGAUCAUUCUUGAAAACUGGAAGCGCUAAACGAACUUUUUGUUUUAGUGUGGGACUUCUCGACAGUGCCCAUCCGUGACUUUGCACGCAGAAGUUGAACCUAGGGCCCCUGAUUACGCAUGUAAUCGCUUCAUGUCUAGACCGCUGAGCCAGUGUCCAACGACGUUAAUGCCCAACUUCAAUUAAUCCACGAUAUGACGCAACCUUCAUCCAUUGAAUUUUAUGGAUAAAUACUUUAUCCUCGACGCGGAUUGAACUCCACUUGUCACGAUUUUUCACUAGAACUUCAGGAGUUAAAUUUUGAAGAUAGUUAUUGGUGAGCACAUGAUAUCAUAAAAUAGAAUCUAUUGAAGAAAUCUAAAUAUCAGAGGGUAAUAGAAAAAAAAAGCUUAAGAUUAAUUGCACUUUGAAUGAUAAUGGUUUUCAGAAUAUUUUGCAACAAGAAUAGCAAGGAACUAGGUCUGGAAUAAUUUAAACAAGUUUUUAUUAUCAAUCUAAACUACAGUUGAAUUCACAAUCAGUGAUUUUCACUCUUUUAGAAUACAAAGUGAUAUCUAGAUAGUAACCGUAAUGUCUAUUAUACUUUAAGGAACUUAAAGUAAUUGAUUAGAAAUUUUGUCUAAUAAUUGAACAAAUAUCAACCUGUAAACUGUUUCUUGUUUAUAUUUGAUAAUGUUUCGUACACCUCGAACCAGACUACCAUUUUACGAAACUGCAAAAGUGUAGUGUUAAAGUGCUAUUUUUUGUUUCAAAUUUAUUUCAUACACAUAGUUCCCCUUAUCGUCUUGAACAGAGCAAGAACAAAGGUUCUAGCAGAAUAGCAUGAAUUCAUUUUAUUUUGUUUGGUUCUCAACAGCUGCUUGCAACCUGUAAUAUGUAAAAAUCAUAAUUACAAAAUAGGUUUAAAUACAUGGAAGAUUUUAAUUAAAGGUUAUUUAGAUGACACACCAAUAUAGUAUAACAAGGGUGUAAGUAAAUACAAUAGACUGAAUAAAAUAUUGUAAAUAUAUACCAUGUGUAAAAGAACAUUCUACAACAUUAUUGUAACAAGGGUUCAGUGGGCUAGAAACAAGUGACUACGUAGUAAGUAAAUGCUGAUAACAAUAGAAUAAGUAAAGCUUGGUUAAUAAAAUAAGAUCACUAAUCUAGAAAACAGUCAACAUAGAAAGACGUAAUGAUGUAAUAACAUGAACGAGUUGGAAAGUUUUUACAAUGCAAUAAAGGAGUAUUUGUCACCAAGACAAAAAAAGAUUAAUAGCCAUCUACUGUUGAACACAUAAAUCAGGUUUUCGGCACCUGAAUAGCAGCGUCUCCAGAAAACUUCAGAAGACUGGAGUUUUGCUGUUUGUUAAUCACCUUAAAAGAUUGCAAGGUAUCGACCUGAUGCUCUCUAUCCAAGAGAUAUCUAGUAAUUGAGCUGUUUAAAGUCGUUCUUUACCUUGUUCUGAGGCUUUUUGCAAUAUGUUCAAAAAAUCUAAGAUAUGGCGUCCUUUCUGUUCAGCCCAUGUAACUUAUAAACUUAGCUAAUUUCAUGUUAAUACACAAAUUAGUUAGUGAAUAGUGCAAGAAGGAUUUUAGAAAUCCAAAUAAAAUAUAAAUAACUGAGCAAGAUGCUAGAAUUGGGUAUCAUAUUAAACCUUUUUGAAAUGUGAUCUGAUUGUAACAUCUUAUCAAUUCUUGCUUAUUAGGAUUCCUUGUAUCAAUAUCCUUAUACUUAUUUUUGCUAACUAGUGACCAACUUUAUUUUUAUUAGUUGAAGCAUUCUGAAUUUCAUUUAUAGUACUGGUAUUUGAGCAUUAAAUGUCUUAAACCACUGAAUGAAAACGAAAUGAAAUAGAAGGAAUCUAUGUUAUUCUGCUUACAUUGUUGUCCUUGCUCUUUUUAAGUUAAUAGAGGAAAGAAUGUGUAUGGAAUAUCUUAUUUGUUAGGGUGUUGGCACUAACGUGUUCAUGUUGUUAGCUGUAGUAAAAUAUUUUAAUCUAAGGAAUUUGAUUGGCUGUUAGUUGUAAUCUUAUACACACAUUUGUGUUUGGUUUAGCAACAUCACGUGUUCAGGUGCAUCGCGUUCAUUUUCAAGAGCAUAACUUAACACCAAUCAUGAGAAAAGAUGGAACAAAUCGUUCACAGUCUACAUCAUUUGCACCAUUUCAAAAUAUAGACAGUGCACGUUUACUGAGACAGUUUCAAGAUCAGCAGCAACAAAAAGACUAUAAUCUUGAUUCAACUAGAUUAUUAUCUGUUCAGCAUCGUUCAAAAUCCGAUACAAAUCAGUCAAUAUCAUCAAGUUCUAAAUUUGUUUUAAGGACUGCUGAUCAUCAAUCUGAUCUAACAAAUAACGACGCAAUUAUUAUGGGUAAUAAGGCUGUUAAAAAAGAAUAUAGUAAAGAAUCAACGACAUCAUCAUUAUCAAGUGUUCUUAAUAAUAGACUUGACACAUUUAUCAAUCAUACUAGUGAUAAUGUUGAUAAUAAAAUUUUUAAUGAUAUUAGUCCUAGAAGUAAUCACAAUUUUCAAGUGAUUGAACAAAAAAUGAAAUCAGAAAUGGAGAAACUAAGACAUAUUUCGUCGUCACCCUUCACUGUCUCAUCAUCAUCAUCAUCAUCAUCUCUGUCGACCAUCGUACAGCCGUUAGACAAUAUUGAUAAUAUUAUAACAACAAUGUCUACAAUACCACAAGACAACAAUUCCGUACUUGUACGAAACGAAAAAGACAUGAAUCGUUUAAAUGAAGAAUAUAAGACCAUAGUUAACUGUGAAUAUUGGUUAAAUAAAGCACGUCAGGCAUGUGAAAAUCAAGCUGAUUUGAACGUUUUAACUGCCGAUCUUAUAAAACCUGAUGGUCUUUUAGAAACAAUUGCAUCAAGACUUAUCAAACCUAUUGAGUCUACUUCGGAAGCGCCUAUUAUUGACUUUACUCGGAAUACCCAUGAGCAAUAUUCUCAUAACGAUGAUCUAAAAACAAGUGAAAUAUUCACAGAAUCUACAGAUAAUGUAGAUGGAAAACCUGUGAAAUUACUUUCCAGUACAUUAUCGGACUUAAAUCUUCCAAAGGUCAAUCAGUAUAAUGAAGCUAACAAGCGAGUUGUUAUUGGUUCAGCACGACUACUGAGUCAGAUUUUGUCAGAAAAUCAUUUGCUUGAAAUACUAGAUAAGAAAUUAGUUUCACAAAAGCAUUCUAAUUUUUCGCAUAAAGAUGACUUUGACAAAGUAGAUAAGUUGAUAAUUCAGAAACAGGAAUGUUCUCCUUAUAACACUUCACCGACCUAUGAUAAUGAUUAUGAAAAAUCAAUUGACACGAAUGGUACCACAAAAUUAUCAUCUCCCACAACCAUAUCAUCAACGCAAAAUUCUCUACUCUACAAUGAUAAGUUACCAUCAUAUGGGCAUAUAACUAGUUUACUCAAGAAUAUUAUCGGAAAAUGUUGGGAAUACCGUGAAGAUGUAGAUAUCUAUCGUGAAUAUUUGGGAAUCUUAGAACCUUUAUUAAAGCAUACAGAAACAAUGUGUGAUACAGUAGUUGAAAAUGGUGGUCUUCGUAGUUUAAUUUAUGCUUGUCGUUCAAGUGAUCUACCAUCUUUACGUCAUGCAGCUGUCUGUCUAAUGAGUUUAGCGCUAUUCGGUGGGAGUGGAAGUCAUAGUGAAAUGAUGCGCCAACAUGCAAUUGAAUGGUUAUUUUGUUUAGCGUUUCAUCAAGAUGAAGUGAUUAGAUAUUUUGCAUGUUUAACUAGUGCUGUACUAUCUACUAAUCCCGAAUUGACCGCUGCAGUAAAUUCUUCUUGUACACUCGACCUAGUGAUGCCUUUUGUACGUUCACAUUCACCAAUAGAAUUCGCUCGUCAACAUUUAGUUGCUGCUUUUCAACACACUUGUAAGAAUAGCACACCCCAUACUUCAGAGUCACAGACAUCUUUUACAAACAAUCAGUCGGACACUACAAAAUAUUGCUGCGAAAAUCGGUAUACAGGGGGGACAGCCGAUUGGUUAAAACGUUUAAUACCAGUUAUGUUCAGUAAACAAUUUGAACCACGUGUUUUGGUUGCUUUUCAUUUUGCGGUUGAAGCUACACUAAAAUCUGAUAUGAAAUGCAGUCAGGUUUUUUACGAAUCGGAUAUCGUAGAAAUAUUGCGUAAUGUUGUCUGUAGUUCAACUUUUCUUGAGUCGAAAUUCGCGGCAAUGGCUCUACAUAUUUUAGGUGAAGACGUCCCUUGUAGAUUGCCAGCCCAAGUACCGUUAUGGGAUUAUGCUGAAGUUGAAUGCUGGUUGACUCGAAGAGGAUUUGAAGAUUUGGCUAGUAAAUUCUCAAAGCUACGUGUUGAUGGCGAUUUAUUACUUAGACUAGAUGAAUUCAAAUUAGAGAAGGAUUUAGGACUUGAAAAUGGAAUCACGAGAUCUAGAUUAUUACGUGAAUUAUGCUCUUUGAAGAUUAAUGCUGAUUAUUCAGCUGUUGAUCCAACUGGAAUUUCCGCUUGGCUACGUGAAGCUACGCGUAUCACUGCUUUAAAUAAUACUAAUACACCAAGAAAUCCAAUGACAUCAGAUUAUGUUGUAAUUAAGGACGAUUUUCAAUGGACAAUGGCUUCUACUAACGCAUCAGAAUAUACCUCGAAAUACUGUUAUACACAUGAUUUAUCCUGUUUAAAUCAAUCAUUUGAUCUUCUUCAAUAUACAUAUAAUUUUAUUUCAGCCGGUGUGCAUUGUCCUUUCUUACCUUACUUAUCAGAUAAAAUGCUUUUAGAAGACUGUCACAUUAAAAAUGGGAUACAUCGUAAAAGAAUUUUAGAAGCAAUACAAUCUUCCAUAUCUAUACACAAUCAAUUACGUCUUACAGAUAAUGAUUCCAAACUAAACGCUUCAAGUAAACCAAACAAGUAUAUUGAUAUAUUUAUUUCUUACCGUCGUUCUACUGGUUCUCAAUUGGCGAGUUUAUUAAAAGUUCAUUUUCAUUUACGUGGCUAUCGAGUAUUUUUAGAUAUUGAUCGUUUAACUGCUGGAAAAUUUCAUGAAUCACUACUUCAUUCUAUUAGAUCAUCAUAUAAUUUUGUCCUUGUUUUAACACCAAGAGCAUUAGAUAGAUGUCUAAAUGAUAUACAUUGUACAGAUUGGAUACAUAAAGAAGUUGUAUGUGCCUUGGAAAGUGGAUGUAAUAUAAUACCAAUUACUGAUAAUUUUACAUGGCCACUAGCUGAGUCUUUGCCAGAAGAUUUGAGGUCAAUAACAACCUACAAUGCAGUUAAUUGGAUUCAUGAUUAUCAAGAGGCAUGUAUUGAUAAAGUGGAAAAAUUCAUGAUUAAACCAAUAACUUCAACCCCUCUACCAUGUAGUCAAAUCAAACCAUUUGAAAAAUAAACUAAUCCUAAUGUUUUUCAUCGUCAUCGUACUUUGCAUUUUUCUAACUUCGUUUCCCUCCCUCUUGUAUUCUUUUUUUGUUGAUUUCUUGUUUAUUUUUUAAAUCUCCAUGUUACUUUUCUGUCAAAGAAUAUAUACCAGUUUAUCUAAUAAUAAUAACUUAAAAGAGUUCAUAUAUAUUUAUAAUUUGACUGAAUUAUACUACUUAUAUGCAUUUAAUUUUUUUUGUUUUUCCUAUUCUUAUGACUAUUACCAUACAGAAUAAUUUAAUCAACCAUUUAUACUGAUCUCAUGAUUAUAUUUUGAAAGAUUCUUAAUAAGAAAGGAGUUUUGCUUUUACAUCUUUGAGUUUGGAAGUAAUUUCAUUGGAUAAAUAGAUGAAUAUAAAGAUUUAUCUGAUAGGAC